CUGAAACCAUAUCAAUCUUGGUUGGACAUGUCGCUUAAAAGCACUUAUCUGUUGCUCCUUCUGGGCCUGCCAUGGAGCAGGGGCAAUUGGGUGAAAAUCUACAAGGAGAAUUACCACCGGCCCGUGUACUACAAUCCAAGCCACAGCAGAACGAAUCACGUGAACUACAAUCGCGUUCAGAUGGAUGAGCGCGACAAAGCGCUCCCCCAGAAUGAAAUUAUGAGAACUAAUUUCGAUCCGAGUUUGCACAAGUCCUACUACGUUCACAUCUACUACAAAGGAUCGGUCUUCUGCUCCGGGGCACUGAUAUCGCGGCGCAUGGUCAUAACUUCUGGCCGAUGCUUUCUGCCCCCAACAACGGAGCCCGUGCGCGAGUACAAGGCCAAGUAUAUGUCCGUUCUGACGGGCCAGGACAUUGGCCACAAAACCACGACGGUGCCCCACGCUGUGAACGCCUUCUAUAUGCCCGGCCACAAGAAGAACGGCACGGCAAAUGACAUCGCUUUGAUCUCCCUGCGCAAGAAGUUGCCUAGCGAUACAUAUCGCUACAUUCAGCUCUAUCGCAAGAUACCCAAGGCAGGAGACAGUGUCCGAAUGGCCUUCCUAGAUCCCAUGGAGUACGGCAUAACACUCUACGAAACUAAGGUGGUGGAUACAGAACGCUGCAAGCGCACCUACGAGGAGCUGGGCUUCCAGGAUUUCCCCUUUGAGCCGGAGUACUACUGUGUGAGAAAUGUGAAGCACUCAAAGAAAACGGCCUGCAGCACCCGACCGGGCGAUCCCCUGAUCAUAGACAAUCAACUGGCUGCGAUCAACAUCUUUGGCGAGCACUGCGACGAGGAGGAGGACUCUGACACCAUGGACAUAUAUUUCGGCAUCAGGCACACCAUCAAAUUCAUUCAGCUGGCCACGGAUGCCCUGAGGGCCUUCACGGGCACGGGCCCCUUCAAUGUGUCGGCCCAGACGACAACCCCGUCGGCUAUUGCCCUGGCCAUUCAGAAGGGUAAAUAAAUGUUUGGUUGAUUGCAAAUAAAGUGUUAAUCAAUCAAUUACCUGUGGCCUGAAGCAAUUCUAAAUGGAUGAGAGCGUGCCCAAGCGAUUGGUUCGACUUA